AUGAGACUUUCUGGUGCUGCUGCCUCGUUGGCAUUUUUCAUGGCAGCUUCUGCCCUGCCAAUCUCUAUGUUCAACUCCAAAAGAGAUUACCCUCCCGUUAUCUCCCCAAAAGUUUUCGUGAUCAAUAUGUUUGAGUACGAAGCAAAGCCUUGGUUGAAGGCCAUGGAUUUCCCUAACAACGUCACGACCCCAGGCUUAUCUCCAUUAUAUCCAGAUAUUUACUGUAAUGAGGAAUUUUCUGUAUGUGAAAUGACCACUGGCGAAGGUGAGAUCAAUGCUUCCGGUUCAAUGACUGCCUUGGGUUUGUCUCCAAUGUUCAACCUCACCCAAACUUACUUCUUGAUUUCCGGAAUCGGUGGUGGUGAGCCUCAAUUUACCACCAUGGGUUCGGUGACUUUUGCCAAAUACGCAGUUCAAGUUGCUUUGCAAUACCAGGUCUCAUACCAAGAGUUCAUCACCACAAACAAAAACUGGACUUCUGGCUACUGGGGCUAUGGUGUCUCCGACCCUUGGACGUACCCUGCCAAUGUCUAUGGAACUGAGGUUUUUGAGCUCAAUGAGAGCUUGAGAGACCGUGCUGUUGAGUUGGCAGAAACAGUUGAUUUGGACAAUGGUACUGACCAGAACGCUGUGAACAGAUUGUUGUACGAUCAAGAUGCUGCGCGCGCACUUCCUGCUGUUGUGAAGUGUGAUGUUCUCACCUCCGACAACUAUUUCACUGGUAACGUUUUGGGCGACUACUUCUCGGCCUAUGCAUCUAUGAUGACAAACGGAACUGCUCAAUACUGUUCUACUGCUCAGGAAGACAAUGCCUCUUUGGAGGCCCUUACUAGAUUGUCUCAAGCAGGCCUUGUCGAUUUCGCAAGAGUUGUGGUCAUGAGAACUAUCUCUGAUUUCACACGCCCUCCUCCAUCAAGAGCAAACGAUACUGUUGCAUGGUUCAAUGAUCCUCAAAGUGGAGGAGCUUCUGCAGCUUUUGCUAACUUGCCAAUUGCAGGCAUGCCCUUCGUCGAAGAUGUUUUGAACAAUUGGGAUACCAUUUACCUGACUGGAGAAACAUACGCUCCAAAGAACUACAUCGGCGAUCUCUUUGCUACCCUUGGUGGCGAACCAAACUUCGGAAAGACUUCUUUCGAAGUUGCUUAG